AUGACCUCUUGUUCCUCUAAACGUCAAAAAUAUUCAAAAGAUUUUCUAUUUUGCUAUUGGCGAACCUAUAAUAACAACCCAAAAAGAAUUGCCACAUUUGAGACUCCCGAUCAGCUUCUAAAUCUUUUCGAAAGCCAAGAAAAAGUGAUUGAUUACCCCGAAUUGUACGAAGAGUGUAUGAGAAAGGUAGAUAGUUUUCAAGAUAUUUAUUAUACCUACAACGAAAUAAUUGAGGAGUAUAAUACGUGGUUAGAUUUCAAAAGUAAAUACGCUUUCAACUAUUAUCAUUACUAUCUUUGCUUGAAAAACUAA